UGCGCCGUCGGCCCGGUCCCUCCGUCCCGGGAUGCCCCCCAACCUCACCGGCUAUUACCGCUUCGUCUCCCAGGAGAACAUGGACAAUUACCUGCGUGCUUUAGAUAUCAAUGUGGUCCUGCGAAAACUGGUUUGUCUCCUGAAGCCCGAUAAAGAGAUCAUCCACACGGGAAAUCACAUGGUCAUCCGCACGAUCACCUCCCUGCGGGACUAUGUUAUGGAUUUUGACCUGGGAGUCCAGUUUGAGGAAGAUCUGGGACCCGUGGAUGGACGCAAGUGCCAGACAACUGUUUCCUGGGAGGGGGAUCAGCUGGUGUGUGAGCAGCUGGGAGAGAAGAGGAACCGAGGCUGGAGGCACUGGCUGGAGGGGGACCAGCUGCACCUG